AUGAGGCGGGAGGAAGCGGUGGCGGUGACCUCGGUGGCGGCGCCGGAGCCGGGCCGCGACGGGGAGCAGCCUCGGCCGCCGGCGGGACUGGGGUGCGGGGCGCGAGGGGAGCCCGGCGGCGGCGGACCCCAGGAGUCUUGCAAACAGCGGAAGAAAUUCUUGUAUUCAGAACCACAUAAGCGAAUUAAGGAAGUACUGGAAGAAGAACUUUAUAUUAAAAGAGAUGAAUGUCACAUUAAAAACCCACCUGCAGUGGCCCUGGAAGGGAUUUGGAGCAUUAGAAGGAAUCUCCCUGUGGGAGUCUUGAAGCCAGGACUGCGGAGCAGAAACAGUAUGCUGCCACAAGCCAAGUACUAUUCGAGGCACGGAGGGCUGGGAAGUAAGAUCCGGACACUCCUGACUUCUGCUGAAGCCCCUGAGGGCGCCGAUUAG